UUUGCAUUGCCUCUCCCUCCCCCCACCUUUUGCCCGCCGCUUUGGAGUGGUCUUGUGUGCAGAGCACGUUGGCAUUCGCUCGCCAGGGGAUACAGUCCGGAGGUGGUUACAGUUUGAGGAAUCAGAGGUGAAAAUGGAACUCCCCAAUCACGCCAAACAAUUACUGCUGCAGCUAAACCAACAGAGAAGCAAAGGGUUCUUCUGUGAUGUCAUCAUAGUGGUAGAAAAUGCCCUGUUCCGUGCCCACAAGAACAUCCUGGCAGCGAGCAGCAUGUACUUUAAGUCCCUGGUGCUUCAUGACAACUUAAUCAACCUGGACGCUGAUAUGGUCAACGCCAGCAUCUUCCGACAGAUCCUGGACUUCAUCUACACCGGCAAGCUCCUGCUGACGGAGCAAACCAGCGAGCAGAACUUCAACGCCCUCCUUACGGCAGCCAGCUACCUCCAGCUUCACGACCUCGCCGCUCUCUGCAGGAAGAAGAUCAAACGCAACGGGAAGACGUUACACGGGAAACUGGUCGGCGCCAACCCCAGCAAGCUGGGGAGAGGGCACAGACUUUCUUCCACCCCGGUCAUCCAGACCCGCUACGCUGGGUCGCCUGAGGGGGUCAAGCGACAGCAGGGUGUUGAGCUUGCAAGGGUGGAGGUGACCGGUGAGGAGUUGUACAUUGCUAGCUCAAACAAAGGAAGUUCCCACUCCCACAGCCAAAGCAGCGGGGCCAAUAAAAGCAGCAACAGCACCAACAACAGUGGGGAGCAGGGCCUUGACCUGUCCAAGAAAAGCCCCUCGAUCCCUGCCCAUCUGUCUCAGGAAGACAUGCAGCUCGGGGAAUGCAACCAAGGCUCUCCCAGUUCUGCUUCUCUGUCUGUCACCAACAGUGCCUCCUUUGAAGACAACGCCACGAACCCUCACAAGGCGGAGAACAGCGAGUCUGCCGACAGGAGCGACAUGGCCGACGGGCAGAACCUCGCCGAACCGGGCAAACCCAAGGGCUUUCGCCUGCCCGGCCACAACGCGGGCUGGAUCAAGCAGGAGAAGGUGUUCAACCGGCAGGACGGCGUCAACUGCAGGGAAGAUGGCUCCUCCUCGGUGGUGAACGGCGUCAUCAUGGGCCCGCUGGUGAAGUCGCUGGAGCGGGAGCCCGGCCACCAUUUCGACCACGCCAUGCACCUCAAGGCGGACGAGGAGGAGGAGGAGGAGAACGGGAAGGAGUGCAGCGAGGAGAGCGGCCCGAGCGAGGACGAGGGCGGGCAGCCCAGCGCCCACGCCUACCGGCCGGGGCAGGACGGCUUCGAACCGGCGGUCUACGGCGACAACCUCUACGUUUGCAUCCCCUGCGGCAAGGGCUUCCCCAGCUCGGAGCAGCUCAACGCCCACGUGGAGAGCCACACCGAGGAGGACCUGUACAUCAAGGACGAGGCGGACAGCCUGGCCGCCCAGAACCUGCCUUAUGCCAACGACUCCAGGCCGUACAAGUGCUCGGUCUGCGAGAAGAGCUACAGGGACCCCUCGACCUUGAGGCAACACGAGAAGACCCACUGGCUCUCCCGGCCCUUCCCCUGCAACAUCUGUGGUAAAAUGUUCACCCAGCGCGGCACCAUGACGCGGCACAUGAGGAGCCACCUGGGCUUGAAGCCUUUCGCCUGCGAGGAGUGCGGCAUGCGAUUCACUAGGCAAUACCGGCUGACAGAACACAUGCGGGUACACUCGGGCGAGAAGCCUUAUGAAUGUCAAGUCUGCGGCGGUAAAUUCACGCAACAGCGCAACCUGAUAAGCCACAUGCGAAUGCAUACCUCACCGACAUAAAGCCAAAGACUCCAGACCUCAUUUUCCCUGUUUUCUUUUUCUUUUAAAAAUUACCUUUCGUUCAGGGGGUUGGGGGGAUCUCGCUUUCUCCACCGUCGACUGGAGGAUGGGCUGCCUCUUCAAUGGAGAUUCAGUGUAGGGUUGGGAGGGGAAUGGGGAUCUUUAGUUUCUAAUAGUUGUUUAGUGAGAGAGAGAGAAAAGAAAUCCUCAAGAGCUUGGAGAUACUUGUUUUAUUAACAUAAAAAAAAAGUAAGGACCUUGGCAUUUUUUUAUGUGAAUGUUUAAACUGGAAGGUUUGAGGGGGAAUAGCUGGGGUAGUUUGGUGUGGGCUGAAUUUGCUGCAAUUUUCUUAUGUACAUUUUCCUUUAUAUUAUUUCCUGUGUUUAGCAAAGGUGAAGUGACUUAUCAGCUUGCUACCUCUUCACAAUAAUUUAUAAGAGUAAAAAAAAAAUCAAUGAAAGGGUUGGUCAAAGAGUAAUGGGUGGCGGGAGGGAGAUUAUCUUUUUUUUAAAAAAAGAGUAUAAUACAGUAAAUUUAUGGUUCAACAUUUUCCAUCCUAGCCUUAUGGUUCUAUCCAGAUGAUGGCUGAUCUUUUUUUUCCAAGCUGGGCCAGAUAAGACUUUGUUUUUAUCUGUUUUGACCAAUUAUCUAACAGUGUGUAAUGUGUUGAAUUUUGAGCCAUAUCCCAUAUAGAGUAAUGGCUGCACCUGAAUUGCAGUGGUCAUUCUCAUGGUUGG